AUGGCAAGGAGGAAGGCUGCUGCAAUAGACAAAGAAGAUGUACCGAUUGAAGAACAUGAGAAGAACCAUGGUGGAGAGAUUUCUUUUAUGUACGCCAAUUGCUUCAACCCCGGCAAAGUUGAUGGUUUCGAAAAGACAAACAUAUCCCACAUUCUUUUUGGCAUCGGGGGAUCCGUGAAUUUGUGGAAUAAACGUAUACACUACAUUGAGCUGUGGUGGAAGCCUAGCAUCACCCGCGGGUUCGUUUGGUUUGACCAUAAACCCUUCUCUAACAUGACGUGGACAGAGACCUUGCCACAGUACAAAGUCUCCAAGGACACAUCACGGUUCAAUUACACCUGCUGGUAUGGCUCACGGUCUGCGAUUCGCAUGGCGAGAAUCGUGAAGGAGACUUUCGAGUUAGGGUUGGAGAAUAUAAGAUGGUUCGUUAUGGGAGACGAUGACACGGUGUUCUUCACCGACAACUUAGUUACUGUGUUAGCGAAAUACAACCACAAUCAGAUGUACUACAUUGGCGCUAAUUCCGAGAGUGUGGAACAAGAUAUGGAACACUCGUACGCUACGGCCUACGGUGGUGCUGGGUUUGCUAUAAGCUACCCAUUAGCGGUUGAGCUGGUUAGGAUUUUGGACGGGUGUAUUAAUCGAUAUCAUGAGUUUUACGGCUCAGAUUCAAAGAUCCAGGGUUGUUUGAGUGAGAUUGGGGUGCCCUUGACAAAAGAGCUAGGGUUUCACCAGAUGGAUAUACGAGGGCUUCCGUAUGGUUUACUAGCGGCACACCCGGUGGCCCCAUUAGUCUCACUUCACCACCUGGACGACGUCCUACCAAUAUUUCCGAGCCAAACCCGGAUGGAGUCCUUGAAGAGGCUAAUUAGCGGGUACGAAGUGGAUCCGGGUCGGACCCUGCAGCACAGUUUUUGCUAUGACUUGAGGCGUAAUUGGUCGGUUUCAGUGUCAUGGGGUUACACUGUGAUGUUAUAUCCGUCGUUAGUGACCGCUAAGAAGCUGGAAACGGCAUUUCAAACGUUCCAGACAUGGGGAAGUCGGCAUGGAGGACCUUUCACGUUUAACACCCGAACCGUGAGCUCGGAUCCCUGUGAGAUUCCGCUGGUGUAUUUAUUGGAUCGGGUUGAGAGCGUUGGUGGAGAUGAGACCUUGACUACAUAUAACAGGUACUUGCCCUGGUGGAACAAUCAAGGGGAAUGCCGGCAUUGUGAUUGCACUCCUGCCUUGGCUGUUGAGUUUUUCAACGUUUCAGCUUCCAAGUUUAGCCCUGACUUGUGGAACAAGGCUCCACGUAGACAAUGUUGCGAGAUCAUCAAUGGCAGCGAUGGAGUUAAUAGCAUGGUACAGGUCCAAAUUAGAGACUGCAUGCACUUUGAGAGUGUGACUCCUCCAUAG